UGAGGGCAACUGUAACCAGAACAAUGGCGGCUGCUCCCAGAAGUGUCAGAUGGUCCGAGGACUGGUCCAGUGCACCUGUCACACGGGAUACCGACUGACUGACGACAGCAAGACCUGCCAAGAUGUGGAUGAGUGUGCUGAGGAAGGAUACUGCAGUCAGGGCUGUACCAACAUUGAAGGGGGGUUCCAGUGCUGGUGUGUCCAGGGCUAUGAGCUCCGACCCGACAAGCGCAGCUGCAAAGCUCUAGGUCCAGAGCCAGUGCUACUUUUUGCCAACCGCAUUGACAUCCGUCAGGUUUUGCCACAUCGCUCUGAAUACACCCUGUUGCUCAACAACUUGGAAAAUGCAAUCGCUCUUGACUUCCAUCACAGCCGGGAGCUGGUCUUCUGGUCGGAUGUGACGCUAGACCGCAUCAUGAAGGCCAACCUAAACGGCUCUAAUGUGGAGGAGGUUGUCUCCACUGGUCUGGAGAGCCCAGGUGGACUGGCUAUAGACUGGAUCCAUGAUAAGCUUUACUGGACAGACUCUGGGACGUCCCGUAUUGAGGUGGCUAAUUUGGAUGGGACACACCGCAAGGUGUUGCUCUGGCAGAGUAUGGAGAAGCCCAGAGCCAUUGCACUGCACCCCAUAGAGGGUAAGAUCUACUGGACGGACUGGGGCAACACUCCUCGCAUCGAGUACGCCAACAUGGACGGCUCGAACCGGCGAGUCAUCGCAGACACACACCUGUUCUGGCCCAACGGGCUCACCAUUGAUUAUGCCAGCCAUCGCAUAUACUGGGUGGAUGCCAAGCAUCACGUCAUCGAAAGAGCUGACUUAGAUGGACGCAACCGCAAGGCUGUCAUCAGCCAAGGCCUCCCUCAUCCAUUUGCCAUCACAGUGUUUGAGGACAGCCUCUACUGGACGGACUGGCAUACCAAGAGCAUAAACAGCGCCAACAAAUUCACCGGCAAGAACCAGGAGGUGAUCCGGAAUAAACUGCACUUCCCCAUGGACAUCCACACCCUGCACCCCCAGAGACAGCCUGCAGGUGGCAGAAACCGCUGUGGCACCAACAAUGGAGGCUGCAGCCACCUGUGUCUUCCCAGCAACAAAACCUACACCUGCACCUGUCCCACUGGCUUCAAGAAGGUGGAUCACUACAGCUGUGCCAAGAGUCUUGACAAGUUCCUGCUUUUUGCCCGAAGGACGGACAUCCGACGAAUCAGCUUUGAUACCGAGGACAUGUCCGAUGAUGUCAUCCCUCUGGCUGAUGUGCGCAACGCUGUGGCGCUGGACUGGCACGACAAAGAUGGCUACAUUUACUGGACGGACGUCACAACCGACUCCAUUAACAGAGCACUGUGGAACGGCACCAAGCAGGAGGUGGUGGUGGAUACCAGUUUGGAGAGCCCAGCAGGACUGGCAAUUGACUGGGUGACCAAUAAACUUUAUUGGACCGAUGCAGGUACAGAUCGAAUCGAAGUUUCAAAUGCUGACGGGAGCAUGCGGACCGUUCUGAUUUGGGAGAACUUGGAUCGACCCAGGGACAUUGUAGUUGAUCCAACUGGAGGUUUUAUGUACUGGACUGACUGGGGUGCCAAUCCAAAGAUCGAGCGUGCAGGGAUGGAUGCCUCUAAUCGCAUUGUCAUCAUUUCAUCCAAUCUGACAUGGCCCAAUGGACUCGCCAUCGACUACGAGACCAAACGUCUGUACUGGGCUGAUGCAGGCAUGAAGACUAUAGAAUAUGGCAACUUUGAUGGUUCAGACAGACAGGUUUUGAUUGGCAGCCAGCUGCCUCACCCUUUUGGACUCACUGUACAUGAAGACAAGCUGUACUGGACAGACUGGUUGUCCAAGAGCAUCCAUAGUGCCGACAAGCUCACGGGUUUGGAACACCACACGCUGGCCGAAAACUUGGAGAAUCUCAUGGACAUUCAUAUGUUCCAUCAGCACCGCGAGACAGUGCACAACCCGUGUUCAGUCAGUAAUGGAGGCUGUAGUCACCUCUGUCUCCUGGCUCCUGCUCCCAUGGCUUCUAGCUGUUCCUGUCCCACUGGGAUCAACCUGCAGAGCGAUGGAAAGACCUGCACUCCUGGGAUGAGCAGCUUCCUUAUCUUCGCUCGGAGGACAGACAUCAGGAUGGUAUCUUUGGAUAUUCCUUACUUCGCCGAUGUGGUUCUAGCCGUCAAUAGCUCAAUGAAAAACACUAUUGCGAUCGGCGUCGACCCCAAAGAAGGAAAAGUCUACUGGUCUGACAGUACUCUAAAGAAAAUCAGCAGAGCCAAUAUCAACGGAUCAGCGCAGCAAGACCUCGUAUCUACAGGACUGAUGACAACCGAUGGGCUAGCGGUGGACGCUGUCGGCAGAAAGAUCUACUGGACUGACACAGGAACUAACCGCAUUGAAGUGGCCAACCUGGAUGGUUCGAUGAGGAAAGUUCUUAUCUGGCAAAACCUGGACAGCCCACGAGCGAUUGCCCUCUACCAUGAGAUGGGUUAUAUGUACUGGACAGACUGGGGCGAGCAUGCUAAGCUGGAGCGCUCGGCGAUGGAUGGAUCAGACCGUGUGGUCCUGAUUAGUAACAACCUGGGCUGGCCUAAUGGUUUGGCUAUUGACACGGCAGGAUCACAGCUGCUGUGGGCCGAUGCUCACACAGAGCGCAUCGAAGCUUCUGACCUAAAUGGACAGAAUCGUCACACUCUGAUCACUCCUGUCCAGCACCCGUACGGUUUAACCCUUUUGGGAUCCCAUAUCUACUGGACUGACUGGCAGAGCCGCAGUAUCCAGAGAGCGGACAAGAACUCCGGAGCCAACACCAUCACAGUGCGAGCCAACCUGCCAGGCCUGAUGGACAUUCAAGCUGUGGACAGGGAGAAGGCGACGGGUUUUAAUAAAUGCAGCAAAAGGAACGGAGGUUGCACUCACCUCUGCCUGCCUCGUCCCAACGGCACUUCCUGUGCGUGUCCCACUGGCAUCCUGCUCAAGGGCGACGGCAGGUCGUGUGACGACUCCCCCGAGACCUACUUGCUCUUUUCAAAUCGCGUCAGCGUACGCAGAAUCUCCCUGGACACGAGCGACCACACUGACGUGCACGUACCCGUGCCUGAGCUGCACAACGUCAUCUCGCUCGACUACGACAGCGUAGACGGAAAGCUUUACUACACGGAUGUCACCCUGGAUGUGAUCAGGCGGGCAAACCUGGAUGGCAGUGACAUGGAAACGGUAAUCAGCCAGGGUUUGAAGACCACAGAUGGUUUAGCUGUUGACUGGGUGUCCAGAAACAUGUACUGGACCGAUACUGGACGCAACACCAUCGAGGUGGCUCGCCUGGAUGGAACGAGCCGCAAAGUUCUGGUGAACAACAGUUUGGAUGAACCUCGAGCCAUCGCAGUGUUCCCAAGCAAAGGGUUUCUGUUCUGGACUGACUGGGGCCACAUUGCAAAGAUUGAACGUUCCCAACUGGAUGGAUCCGAUCGUAAAGUUCUAAUCAACAUGGACCUGGGGUGGCCCAAUGGCCUCACUUUAGACUACGACACACGAAGGAUCUUCUGGGUGGACGCCCACUUGGACAGGAUUGAAAGUUCAGAUCUGAAUGGAAAGCUGCGUCAGGUCCUCAUCAGUCCAGUGUCUCACCCCUUCGCCCUUACGCAGCAAGAUCGUUGGAUCUACUGGACGGACUGGCAGACAAAGUCCAUCCAACGAGUGGAUAAACACACCGGCCGGAAUAAGGAAACUGUGCUAUCCAAUGUGGAGGGGCUCAUGGACAUUAUAGUGGUCUCUCCCCACCGGCAGACAGGCACCAACCAUUGUGGGGCAAAUAAUGGACGUUGCACCCACCUCUGCUUUGCCAAGACCAACAGUUUUGUUUGCGCCUGCCCAGAUGAACCAGAUGGGCGACCCUGUUCCACAAUUUCAGGUUAUGUCCCAACCUCUCCUGCCAAAGGUGCCAGCAGCACCCCUGCUCCUAAAAGGUUCCCCAAACCUCCAACAGACACUCCACACAGAGGACCCCCACUGGUCAACUGCACUGACAAGAACCUAAAUGCUGAAGGCUGCUUGAGCACAGUGGUGACAGCCCCUCACGGAGAAAGCCUCCAUAUCAGCUAUGUGAUCGGUGGAGUUCUGACCAUCCUGGCCAUUCUCAUCCUCAUAGCUGCGUUCAUUAUUUACAGACACAAGAAGUCAAAGUUCGCUGAACCAGGAGUGAGCAACCUGACCUACAGUAACCCCUCGUAUCGGACCUCCACACAAGAGGUCAAGAUCGAAGCGUCACAGAAGCCUCCCAUAUACAACCAGCUUCGAUAUAAGAAAGAGGGGGGCGUGGACGGAGGUUACACAAAGGAGAAGAUUCGUAUAGUCGAGGGUGUGUGCCUCUUGUCCAACGAAGAGCUUUACUGGGACGACCUAAAACAGAUCAAGCCGUCCCGCGGCGGCCUGCACACCUGCAUACGCACCGACACCGUGUCCCUGCAGGCCAGCAGCGCUUCACUCGACGACGGCGAGACUGAGCAGCUCCUCCAGGAGGAGGCAUCCGAGUGCUCCUCUAUCACCACGCUGACCCCCUCGGCCAUCACCCCGCAGCGUCACGCCCAGCACAGCCUGCCUGACACUGGCUGGGCUUCCAUACGCAAACCUUCCACUGAGAGCGAAGUGUGAGAGAAGCCUGCUGCCCUCUGUGUGCUUCAUAAACCAUCAUUACAGGACACACACACACACACACGUAUGCAGACACUGUAUUCAGAGCCAGUGCAAAGAUUAACAGGUACAAACAGUAACAGCGGCAUGGGUAAGCUAACAGUACAUAUGAACCUGGUUAGAAACACAAAAACUACUCCCGUCUUUGAAACUGGGGCCUUGUCCUACUAGUAAACACACACACAUGCACAUAGAACAGCCCUCAGAGCUACCGCCUCCAGGCAAAGUGAUAAACGAAGGAGCCUGCUGGGAUAAGAAAGCAAAAAGACACCAGGGAGGAAGUGAAUAAAGAAACCCAAACAGUAUCCGGAGCCUUUCAAAGAACGGAGACGAACACUUCUCCGUGCGUCAACUCUGCUUUCUGUGCAUUAUUUUUGGGAGGAAGCUAA